CUCAUUUUGGAAGGGAUUCAGUCGGCCAUCGCAGAUACACCGACAGCUUCGCUCUGGGAAGCGGCCGUUCACCUGCUCAUUGUGUGUGAAGAGACUCAUUCAGUUAACCCACCUUGUGAUGCUCCGGUUAAAAAUGACAAGGAAUUUGUCUACGGGAAUCUCAAACACAACAUGCCAGUUUUGCUGUCUCUGUCCAGAUAUUUAAGAGAGGAGCAAGGGAUUCACUCAAUCAUCCUUCCUGCUCAGACUGUGGGGAAGGAUUCACUCAAUCAUCUGACCGACUGGUGUGCCCGUCAUUUGCUGGGACACUGGGAAUUGAUUUAGUCAGUCAUUUCAACUGAAGGUACAUCAGCAAGUUCACACUGGGCAAGGCCAUUCAUCUGUUCUGUGGUUGAGAAGGCAUUCAGUUGGUCAUACCACCUGUGGAUACACUGGUCAGUUCUCUCUAUGCAGAGGCUUGACAUCUGCUGAAUUUUUGGGGAAGGAUUCACUCGGUCAUCUGACCUAAUGGCUCACCAGCGAGUUCACACUAGGGAGCGGCCGUUCACCUGCUCAGUCUGUGGGAAGGGAUUCACUAAAUCAUCUCACCUGCUGAGACACCAGUCAGUUCACACUGGAGAGAGGCCGUUCACCUGCUCAGACUGUGGUAAGGGGUACAUUUGCUCAUCCCAACUGAAGGUACAUCAGCGAGUUCACACCGGGGAGAGGCCGUUCACCUGCUCAGACUGUGGGAAGGGAUUCACUCAGUCAUCCGACCUACUGGCACACCAGUCAGUUCAUACUGGAGAGAGGCGAUUCACCUGCUCAGAGUGUGGGAAGGGAUUCACUUGCUCAUCUCACCUAUUGAGACACCAGUCAGUUCACCCUGGAGAGAGGCCAUUCACUUGCUUAGACUGUGGGAAGGGAUUCACUUGUUCAUCUCAUCUACUGAGACACCAGUCAGUUCACACUGGAGAGCGCCCGUUCACCUGCUCAGACUGUGGGAAGGGGUUCACUUGCUCAUCCGAGCUGAAGGUACAUCAGCGAGUUCACACUGGGGAGAGGCCAUUCACCUGUUCAAACUGCGGGAAGGCAUUCAAUCAGUCAUCUGAACUGAAGGUACAUCAGCGAAUUCACACUGGUGAGAGGCCAUUCACCUGUUCAGACUGUGGGAAGGGAUUCACUUGCUCAUCCCAACUGAAGGUACAUGAGCGAGUUCACACUGGGGAGAGGCCAUUCACCUGCUCUGAUUGUGGGAAGGGAUUCACUUUCUCAUACAAACUGAAGGUACAUCAGCGAGGUCACACUGGGGAGCGGCCGUUCAUCUGCUCAGACUGUGGGAAGGGAUUCACUUGCUCAUCCCGACUGAAGGUACAUCAGCGAAUUCACACUGGGGAGAGGCCGUUCACCUGCUCAGAGUGUGGGAAGGGAUUCACUCAGUCAUCUGAACUGAAGGUACAUCAGCGAGUUCACACUGGAGAGAGGCCGUUCACCUGCUCAGUGUGUGGGAAGGGAUUCACUCAAUCAUUUAAACUGAAGGUACAUCAGAGAGUUCACACUGGAGAAAGGCCAUUCACUUGCUCAGACUGUGGGAAGGGAUUCACUCAGUCAUCCAUCCUAAUGGCUCACCAGCAAGUUCACAGUGGGGAGCAGCCGUUCACCUGCUCAGACUGUGGAAAGGGAUUCACUCGGUCAUCCCAACUGAAGGUACAUCAGAGAGUUCACACUGGGGAGAGGCGGUUCACCUGUUCAACUAUGGGAAGGGAUGCACUCAGUCAUCCAUCCUAAUGGCACGCCAACGAGUUCACAGUGGGGAGCGGCCGUUCACCUGCUAAAACUGCAGGAAGGGAUUCAAUCAGUCAUCUGAACUGAAGGUACAUCAGCGAAUUCACACUGGGGAGUGGCCGUUCACCUGCUCAGACUGUGGAAAGGGAUUCACUCGAUCAUCUGAACUGAAGGUACAUCAGUGAGUUCACACUGGGGAGAGGCCGUUCACAUGUGCAGUGUAUGGGAAGGGAUUCACUCAGUCAUAUAAACUGAAGGUACAUCAGAGAGUUCACACUGGAGAGAGGCCAUUCACCUGCUCAGACUGUGGGAAGGGAUUCACUCAGUCAUCCAUCUUAAUAGCACACCAUCGAGUUCACAGUGGGGAGAGGCCGUUCACCUGCUGCGAAUGUGGGAAUGUAUUCACUCAGUCAUCUAAGCUCAUGUAACUCUCGCUUCAGCUAGCAGCUUAAAAUACGGGGUGAUAGCCCCCAACUCAGCCCGGUCAAACUUAAGAAAUCUCGUUUGGGUGGAUGCUGCUUGAGGUGUCCCCGUUACAAAUUAGUAUGCUGAAAUAACAAACAGUAAACAAUAUGUGAUUAAAUGAUUGAGCUUUAUAAUUCUUACUUUGACCAUUGCAUUAGUAAGGAAAAUUUAAAAAAAGAAAAAGUGCU